AUGGUCAGCCACGUCUUCCCUCCACUUGCCCCUUUUGUCAACAAAACCUUGGAUUGGUGUGAUAAUUUGUUGCGUUCGUCUGCUGCCAGUCUUAAGCUUGUCUCUGACAUCGCCGGUGGCUUUGCUGGUGGUUUGAGCGGCUGUAUUUGUUGUGUGCUGCCUGACACAGUGUCGAUGCGAUUCAAGGUCACGUGGUGCCGGUUGAAGUUAACAUGUGAAGGUCGACAGUCGUACCAAUGGUCCCCGGCUAAUUAUUGGCCGCUGGACUCAUGCAGCGCCUUGUGCACAACCGCUCGCGUGACUGGGUAUCGAAGGAACGUUCCUCAGGCACUGUUGUCCAGAACGAGCUCAUCUCUUGGUUUGCCAACCGUCUCGCCCAAGGAGCAAGAUCGCAUCCAGGCGCUCUUUGGCGACUCUCCCCCGCCUCGACGCCAGCCUGCUCCCUAUCCGGAAGGUGACGUCCUCUAUCGCUGCAACAAUCGCUACCUGGUGCGGCAUGGGAAUAAUGUGACGAAAUACACAACGUUCCCUGAUGGCCUGGGUGCCAAAGAUCAUCCCAAUGAGGCGCAAGUGCUGCGUUUCGUCAAGGAGCACACAACGAUUCCGGUCCCCGAGGUCAUUAGCAGCGACUGGGAUCGUAUCACCAUGGAAUACAUCGAGGGCCAAACACUACAGCAGGCGUGGCCGGUGCUCACACCGGAACAGAGGUCUGACAUCUUGGCUGAGCUCAGCGGCUACAUAGCGCAGAUGCGUGCUUUAGGUGGCAUCCACCUCGGCCGUCUCGACGGGCAGGGCGUCGUAGUUCCAAUCCAUGACUGGCUCGUACGGCCGCCCAAGCGGUUGCAAGCGCAGUCGAUGUACUGGCACCAGAUAACGACACAGCUGGGCACCGAGUAUCCUAUUGUGUUCACGCACGGAGACCUUGCCUCGCGCAACAUCUUGGUGCGAGAUGGCCACAUCGUAGCCCUUUUGGAUUGGGAGUUUGCAGGAUGGUACCCUGAGUAUUGGGAGUACGUGUUUGCCCUGCGUGGGAUGGACAAGCUUGACUGGGAGACUCUGGGUAGCCAUUUGCCGUCUCUGUUCACAAAGCGCUAUGAUCUCGAGUACAUUCUUUUGGAAUUCAUCAUCAGCAUCUCCUGA